AUUUUGAUAACACAGGCCAACUUGAUAACGUUCAUUACUUACAGAAAAGAUAUUUACAUAUUAGGUUUUGUUCCUCGAGAACCAGGAGUCUUUCUUUGUCAAAAGCCUGGAUUUGAUUUGCAGGAUUAAGGAAAUGGUCCAGUUGUUGCGGUGCAGCUGGAUGUUGCUGAAUAACGUUUUUAUGAGCUUGCUGGUCAAUCUGCCUGUUGUUCGGAAUGGCAAAGAACCCUAAUUUCCCGGAAGCGGGGAAUCUGCCCACGGGCUAUGCUCACUGUAGGUCUUCAGACAGCUUCACUGGCUACCAGUAUCACCAUCCCUCCAAGAUGAGUAACAGCCACCCACUCCGUCCGUACACGGCUGUGGGGGAGAUCGACCACGUUCACAUUCUGUCAGAGCACAUUGGUGCUCUAAUGAACGGGGAGGAAUACAGUGAUGUUACCUUUAUUGUGGAAAAGAAGCGUUUUCCAGCACACAGGGUGAUUCUGGCUGCUAGAUGCCAUUAUUUCAGAGCAUUACUGUAUGGAGGAAUGAGAGAAUCUCAGCCUGAAGCAGAAAUUCCUCUUCAGGACACCACUGCAGAAGCAUUUACAAUGCUGUUGAAAUACAUUUACACUGGUCGUGCUACGCUACGAGAUGAGAAAGAAGAGGUUCUUCUGGACUUUCUGAGCCUAGCACAUAAAUACGGAUUCCCAGAACUGGAGGAUUCCACAUCUGAGUAUCUUUGCACAAUACUAAAUAUUCAGAAUGUCUGUAUGACUUUUGAUGUUGCCAGUCUUUAUUCUCUUCCCAAAUUAACUUUUAUGUGCUGUAUGUUCAUGGAUAGAAAUGCCCAAGAGGUGCUCUCCAGUGAAGGCUUCCUGUCACUUUCUAAGGCUGCUCUUCUAAGUAUUGUACUGAGAGACUCAUUUGCAGCUCCUGAAAAGGACAUUUUCCAAGCUUUGAUGAACUGGUGUAAGCAUAACCCCAAGGAAAACCAUGCUGAAAUCAUGCAAGCAGUACGUUUGCCACUAAUGAGUCUGACAGAGCUACUGAAUGUUGUGAGACCUUCUGGAUUGUUGUCACCUGAUGCCAUCCUAGAUGCCAUUAAGAUUCGUUCAGAGAGUCGGGACAUGGACCUCAACUACAGGGGCAUGCUAAUACCAGGGGAGAAUAUUGCAACAAUGAAGUAUGGGGCACAAGUUGUAAAAGGGGAGCUGAAGUCUGCUCUAUUGGAUGGAGAUACUCAGAACUACGACCUGGAUCAUGGAUUCUCUCGACACCCGAUCAAUGACGACUGCCGGUCCGGAAUUGAGAUUAAACUAGGCCAGCCCUCAAUAAUCAACCACAUACGAAUUCUCCUGUGGGACAGAGACAGUCGGUCUUAUUCCUACUACAUUGAGGUGUCCAUGGAUGAGUUGGACUGGAUUCGGGUUAUCGAUCACUCUAAAUACCUCUGUCGGUCCUGGCAGAACCUGUAUUUUCCUGCCCGUGUCUGCAGGUAUAUUCGAAUUGUUGGGACCCACAACACAGUGAACAAAGUUUUCCAUAUUGUGGCAUUUGAAUGCAUGUUCACAAACAAAUCCUUUACUCUUGAGAAAGGUCUGAUAGUUCCCACGGAAAAUGUUGCAACAAUUGCAGACUGUGCCAGUGUGAUUGAGGGUGUAAGUCGCAGUCGCAAUGCCUUAUUGAAUGGAGACACAAAAAACUAUGAUUGGGAUUCUGGAUACACAUGCCACCAGCUCGGGAGCGGAGCUAUUGUAGUGCAGCUGGCACAGCCCUACAUGAUUGGAUCAAUACGGUUGCUACUUUGGGACUGCGAUGAUCGGAGCUACAGCUACUACAUUGAGGUUUCAACGAAUCAGCAACAGUGGACCAUGGUGGUGGAUCGCACAAAAAUUUCCUGCAAGUCCUGGCAAACAAUCACUUUUGAUAAACAGCCUGCAUCUUUUAUCAGAAUAGUUGGAACUCGCAACACGGCUAAUGAGGCUCUUCAGGAACAAGUAGAAGUGUUUCACUGUGUGCAUUUUGAGUGCCCAGCACAAAACAGUACCCACAAGGACGAGAGUAGUAAGGAAGUAGCAACAACAGAGGUGGGGUCUGGUGGACAGUAGCUUGGUUCUCGCUCUGUUGGAGCUGCAAGCACCUGGUUCCCUGCAUUCCCCUCCUGGAUCCACCUCACAUCCUCAUGUUUACCAACCAUAAAGGAGGUUGAAAGGGAGCUUUUGCAGCCCCACGGACAUUCUAUGAAAUAUUCAGAACCUUCUUGUGCUGGCACCUUUUCUUACUUUGUGAAUGAAGGGGACCUUCAUGUGCUGAAAGCUGGAAGUAUGGAAAUGGAAAAGGCUUUUCCCCAAGGACAUGAAGAGACUGUUUCACUCUCCUCGAUAUGUUCAAAUCAGGCUGGUCUCCAAGGGGAGAGAAAAUAGGUCUUCAAUCUUCAUCAAGUACCCCAUUAACACCCUACCUCUGUAAUCUAACCAAGGCAAGUAAAACAGAAGGAAAUAAAAGGCAGAGCUACAGUGGAAAUCAAAAAUUACUCAAGCAGAAUGGAAGGCAUAUGAAAUAAGUAUUUGCUCCCUGGAGGCUUUUAUUAGCAAAAAAAAAAGUGUUUAUGGAACACAUCAGUCCAAAAUAUAUUUUAUUUUUAAAGUGAUUCUUCAUCCAUAUUCCUUUGUAACUAGUAAUCUGUUUUCUAAAUAAUUUUGAUUCUGUAUUCCACUUAGUUUCUUAUUUUUGGCAAUAGCAAGUGCUGUACAGUAGAUUAAGGAAGUGUCAGACAUGUUUACCUGCUGAGAUGCAAAUUCUCUCACUCAUCAGUGGGAUGACAAGAAAAGCAUUCAUGAUAUCAACAAACUAAUUAAUGUAUCUAUAUUAAUUUUGACCUUAGUUGACUUUUCAAAGUACAGAAUUGUCAUUUCCUACAUUCAAAAGGAAGUUUCUAAAUCAAACAUCCCUCUUGAAGAAAACUGUAUUUUUUCACUCCUGAAGAUGAUUACUUAAAUUUUGCCUGCCUGAGACAACUUGCAACAAAACAUCAAAAAUGUUUGGUUUAAAAAAGUGGAACUCCAUCUGGUCACUGACAAGCCAGUUGUUCAAAUACCAAAAGAAGAAUUUGCAGAUAAUUUACAUUUUUCCAAGAAGAGUUGUUUUACAGUCUGGACCUAAAAAUUCGAAGGCUGUGUAUGCAUUAACAUUUCUCACAACCUUCAUAAAACGUGAUGCUUUUGCACCGUAUUGUAAAAUAUCUGGUUCUUACUUUACAGUCACAGAAUUUGUUAUCCAUCCAUAUCUGUCUGGAUUACAUUGCCUGGUACUUUGCUUAUUCUGUUUUCACACUGAUGAUGUGAGUCUCUUACUCUUCAGAUCUGCAUGACUUUUAGGAAGAACUCCAUGUCAGUAUUUCAGUAUGGGAUAAAGAGAUUUUGUAUUAAGACAAACGCUGAUGUAAUUGGCAAAAUUGAUUAGGAUGCUUGUUCCUCCAGACAAAUAUAUUAUAUUGGAAAUGUCAGCUAACCAGUUUUAUGAACUUGGAAUUUCCUCUGGUGAUGAAUAACCUUGUCAGAAGAAAACAAAGCUAGUGCAGGAUAAAUACGGUUUUCCUUUACAUAACCAUAGUGAUAAAAUAAGUUAUAUCAACAUAGCAAAUUGUAUGUUAAUUUAUCACACUACUUAAUUUGAAAUAAUUUCCCUGUUGGAUACUAGUUGUGCUAAACCCAAGAAGAAAUAUAAUCAGUAGUAGCAAUGAAUCAAAGGAUAUUUCAAAUAAGAAAAGCAUCCCUUUUCUUUCAAAUAAAAUUGAUUAGGCUCUAUCAACAA